AUUGCUGGAGGAGAGACGAAGAAGCGAAAAGCGCCGUUAGCGAGCAGAUGUUAGCGGGACUACACAUUAUCGAAUACCCAGCUGUUCAACUCACUUGGCAAACCUUACCAUUUUUCUAAAAUGUGGCAGCCUGCGACAGAAAGAUUGCAGCAUUUCCAGACAAUGCUGAAAACUAAACUCAACGUUCUGACGCUCCGCAAAGAGCCCCUGCCCACGGUAAUAUUCCAUGAGCCAGAAGCCAUUGAGCUGUGUUCCACCACGACGCUGUUGAAGAACCGAACACACAUGGGAUACAAGGUGACGUACCUUGGAAAAGUCACUAUCCCUGGCACACAGUUCCUGUCAGGUUGCACAGAGUCUGCCGUGGUGGGAUUAUGGGACAUGCGGCGAGCCUCUGCCCAGAGUGAUGCCAGUGCUAGCAACGCCAUCCUGGAAAUCCGUCCGUUCCAGGUAAGGUUGCACCACCUGGAUGGACGAGGGGAAACGACAGUCUCCAUGGACACCUACCAGGUGGCACGCAUUGCGUACUGCACGGCUGACCACGAGGUGAGCCCCAACGUGUUCGCCUGGAUCUACCGUCAGAUCAACGACGACCUCACCUUCCAGAUGGACUGCCAUGCCGUGGAGUGUGAGAGUAAACUGGAGGCCAAAAAGCUGGCUCAUUCCAUGAUGGAGGCCUUUAAGAAGACCUUCCACAGUAUGCGAAGUGACGGACGCAUUCACAAGAGUGGCUCCUCCGACGAGUUCCCCGAAGACUCCACACCUGAUGACGGCUGAUUUGGCCUGCUCCUGGGUGUGACCUCUCUCCUAUGGACGAGAGGGGAAGAGGUGGGGGAGGGGACUGGGAUUUAUCACACUCCUCUCUCUCUUUCUCUCUCUCUCUCUCUCUUUGGAGCCAUCAUGGAAGAAAAAAAACAAACAAAAAAAACCUGACUGACACGAAACCCGAUAACCCGAACAUGGAAGGUUGGUGUGCUAUUUUCAAAGGGAACAUACAACAAAUUUAUAUAAAAAAAAAAAAAACACACACACAAACACAACUAAAAAUGUAAAGAAAUACAACAGCAGACCAAGAGCCGAAAAACAAGAAAGCUAAUUUUCUUUCUUUCUUUUUUUUUUUUUUUUGAAGAUGGCCUCUAAACAGUUGUAUCGUUGCCCUUUCUCUAAGCACCUAAAUAUCUAAAUUGCAACGAUGUCACUGAGGAACUUCUUGUAAAAAAACGUUGUUAGAACAUUUACACUCCCACCUGAAGCUGCUGUAUGUCUUUGAGGCAUUCUGUCCCUCUUUAGCCAAACAAACCCAUGGAUUUACCCGCCACUGUUAUGACCCCCUUCCCUUGAACCCUAACCUCGGACCUUAACCUUGCUGGCUAGGGUCCACUGUUAAUGUUAGCCUUACUCUGCCCCUUUCUGAUUGGUGGAAUAGUGGAGCAGGGAUCUCUGGGAUGUGGAAUUGGCCUGUAACUGAGGGGUACAUUUAGGGUGACGGUAAUGGCAAACAGCCAGACCCAGGGCAUUCCCCAAUUUUUUAUUAGGCCAUAGAAACGUCACCCGUUCUGCCUAUGUUUUAAGUUUUAUAUUUUUGAAGAAUACCAAAAGUCAGUGCGUUUGUAGCUGUGUUUGUACAGCACUCUAUGAGCCUCUAUAACUUUUUAUGGAACGGGUUCUAUGUAACAAGCUUAUCGAGUAUGAGUGAGAGUGAGUGUGUGUAGGUACGAGUAGGGGUAUGUGUGUGUGUGGUCGUGCGUGCGUUUGUGUGCCUGCACACUUGUGUUUUUGUCUAAUAGUGAAAUUUGAUUUGAUUUUUUUUACCAGAGGGAUAACCUUAACCAAUUUCAUUUGAAGUGAGAUAUCACACAGGGUUCAUCAAUUGAGGCUCAGCAUCUUUUUAGUUUGUACUGCUUUUUGGGGUUUUUUUUGUUUUUUUUUAAGAGAUAAAAUUUUGUUGCCCUGCCCCCACAAAUUCUGUAGGUAGAAGACCAGAAAUACUGUAUCGGAGGGCAACAGAGGGUCUCUCUACAGUUUUUCUGUCUGGGGAGGGUUUUGUAAGAAGUUUGGUGUACCCUGAAUGCCCCCCCGCCCCCCCCCCCCCCCC